CCCCGUUGGUUCAUUCCUCAGUCGGUGGCGCUGCUAAACCCCUUGCCUUUCUUCAAGCAAUGGCGGACGAGAUAAGUUCUGACUAUAGCGAUGCCUUUAAUCGGCACCCCCAGUCUCCUUUGAUCGUCUUGAAUCAAACGAGUUCUGCCUUCAAGAUCUCUGCCGAUGACAGGAAGCUCCCUUUGAUCGUCUUGAAUCAAAACCAGGAGUGUGAAAUGAUGAACAGUUGGAGUUCCGCUUCUGCCGAAGAGAAUUCAGAAAUUUCAGAAUCUUUUGUCGAGAAGAUGGUCAUGUGCGAUUCGGCUGCUUGUGCGUCUUCUGAAAACGGAGGAAUCGUGAGAAAUCAGGUGUGCAAGAUUCGGAAUCUUGAUGUGGAACUCAGAAAAGAAUCUCUCAAGGUUGACGCUGCACAUGAUUUUGAAACGUUCGGCGCCGUGGAAGGUGUUAAUCAAGAAGUUGCGAUUGAUAGAGUAGAGGGGAAAGAUUUUGCAAGAAGUGUAGUGAGUUUUGAUGGAAAUCAAGAUUGUUUGAAGGAAGAACUUGCUCAAGAAGUUCGAUCGAUCGAGAAGUUGCUGGAUAAAGAAAUCGAUUCUCAGAGCAUCUUGGAAAAGAAAAAGAAAUUACAAUCGGAAGAAGAUGAAAUUCAUGUAGAGAAGGGAAAGAAUCCCUCUAGCUUAAGAGGGAUCGUGGAUCAGAAGAUUGCGGAUCAGCAAAAUGAUUCUAAACACAUGAAUUUUCUGAGACGAAGUCAUUUAUCUCUCAGAAAUUCAUUGAAGAUCGAAGUAAUAGACGAGACUGCAUUAGUUGAACCAGUUCAUGUUUCCAAGAUUGGAAACGGAGAAGGGAUUGGUAUUGUUUGUCCAACAAGGCCAAUGCAGAUCAAACUGGACAAAUCCCACGAACCUGACAGAGGAGGGAAAAAGGCUAAAAGAUCGAGGAGGAGGGCAAGGGAAGCCAAGGUUUGUGAGAUGCAUUGGAGCCUGGGGAAUGUGAAUGAACAUCAAAAGAAUGUGGAAGGAAACAAGAUAGUGUAUUCCAUAAAGGACAUGGAAGCACUGAGGUUUGUGAAUGUUGCAGAACAGAGGAGACUGUGGAAAGCUAUAUGUAAGGAACUUCUGCCCAUCGUGGCAAGGGAAUACAGUAGCUUAACAAGCUCGAAUUACCCUAUGAAGAUAGGCUCCACCUCUGAUCCUAGGCAGCAUUUGGUGAAGAGAGAAGAAGCCCCUUCGAUUAUGAGUGUUGUUGCUGCAAGGGGAAGAUGGAAUCAUAUGAAUAUUUUUGUGCAUUGAAGAAGGGACUAAAUCAAUGCAACUGAAGACAUUUUGUGCAUCAAAAUCAACAUGAAGUUCUGUUCCUUUUUUUUGUAUAGAAAUGGUUACAAUCGCAUUCUUUUGUACAUGCUGCAAGCUCAAUAAUAUGGUGCUGAAUAAUAUGAAAGAAAUCGAUUCUUUUUGA